AUGCCCAGAUUUGCUAAGUUCGUGAAAGACCUGCUUAUGAAGAAAAGAUCUAUUCAACAUGAGACAAUGAAUUUAACUCACCGUGUGAGCUUGAUUAUUGCUUCCACCACGAUUUACAAAAAGGGAGAUCCAGGGGCUUUUACCAUUCUAUGUAAUAUUGAGCUUCAUGCAUUCGUUCAUGCUCUGUGUGAUAAUGGGGCGAGUAUCAAUUUAAUGCCCCUUGCAAUUUUCAAGCAAUCCAGAUUAGAAAUGCCUAGACCGACUUCUAUGCGAUUACAAAUGGUGGACAGAUUUAUCAAGAAGCUAAUUGGGGUUGUAGAUGAUGUGUUGGUGCAAGUGGAUAAUUUCAUGUUGCCUUCUGAUUUCUUUAUUCUGGAUUGUGCGAUUGAUAAAGAUAUUCCAAUCAUCUUAGGAAGACCCUUCCUUGCUACGGCCAGAGCGCUUAUGGACUCUGAAAAGAAUGAAAUGAAGUUCCGAGUGAAUGAUGAAGAGGUGACUUUCCAAGCAAGUAAGGGGAUGAAUUUCCCAAGUGCAUAUGAGAAUAUCUCAGUUAUUGAUACAUUUGAUGGGAUUGAUGAUGCUGUCGAACAUAAAAUGGAAGAAGAAAGUUUGGGAGAAGCUCUUGCUGCUAUUCUGGUGAACUUUGAUGGUGAUGAUAUAAAGAGCUAUGUGGAAACUGUAAAUGUGCUUGAGGGUCUGGGUUCUUACACUUACCACCCAAGAAUUCUUGAUCUUGGCCUUACAAAUAGAACUACUCCACCAGCUAAGCCUUCAAUUGUUGAGCCACCAAAUCUUAUGCUUAAGCAACUCCCAACACACUUGAGGCGGAGUUGA